UAGCAAUAAAAAAAUAUUUCAUAUAAAAAACUAAAGAUGUUCCUUUCAUACUCCUAUCCAAUACUCAAAGAAGACAAGAGGAGGAGAAAAUCAAUUCUCCUCAAAUUUCAUCAAUUCAUCGAUGCAAAUGGAAACUAAUUUUUUGAUUCCAUUUUUCACAAUUUUCAUCCAAUUGAUGGCUACUCAUGUGAAACCCCAGAUCAUCGAGUCCCAAUUGAAUUUUCCUACCUGUCCGGCGACUGAUCCGGCACUUAAUUACCGGCCGGUCAUCGGAAUUGUUAGUCAUCCCGGCGACGGAGCUUCCGGUCGUCUCAAUAACGACAGUGAUGUCUCAUACAUAGCUGCUUCUUAUGUCAAGUUUGCUGAAAUGGCCGGUGCUAGAGUUAUCCCGAUUAUAUAUACAGAGCCUCCUGAAAUUAUCAAUCAAAAACUUAAUCUAGUUAAUGGAAUUAUCUUCACUGGAGGAUGGAGCAAGAAGGGUCUCUACUUUGAAGUUGUUAAAGGAAUAUUCGAGAAAGUUCUUGAGAAGAAUGACGCGGGUGAGCAUUUCCCUCUUCUUGCCAUCUGCUUGGGUUUUGAACUUUUAACAAUGAUCAUCUCCAAGGACAAUAACAUUCUUGAGGAAUUCAGUGCAUCGCAUCAAGCGUCUACAGUACAAUUUGUAGAAAAUAUAAAAUUUGACCGAACAGUUUUUGGAAGGUUUCCACCUGUGCUGCUAAAGAAGAUGAGUACACAUUGUCUUGUGAUGCAAAAUCAUCGUUUUGGUAUAUCACCAGAAAGGCUUCAAGCAAAUAAUGACCUGUGUGGCUUUUUCAGGGUAUUGACAACUAGUGUUGAUAAGAAAAACAAGGUCUAUGUCUCCAGUGUUCAAGCACAACACUAUCCCGUAACUGCACUCCAGUGGCACCCAGAGAAAAAUGUUUUCGAGUGGGGUUCAUCACAGAUUCCACAUACCGAGGAUGCAAUCCAAGUGACUCAACAUGUUGCCAACUAUUUUGUCAGUGAAGCUAGAAAAUCUUCUAAUAAUAAGCCGGCUACCAGCAAAGUGCUUGACAACCUCAUCUACAAUUACAGUCCUUCUUAUGCUGGGAAGGUUCGGGGGAGCUUUGAGGAGGUCUACCUCUUCACUCCGUGUCCCACCUUCAGCUCUCUGUAGAUGCAAGUGAACUGCAAAAGCAUUGACUAAUUGCAUGAUCAAAGAUUAUAGAUGAAGAUGGAUGUCAUUAGUGCAUGUUGUUCACGGUUUGUGUUCGUCUUCAAUUUCCAGUUAUUCAGCGAUCUCCUGGAAAACGAAUAACUUUAGACUACUUGGAUGAUGAUUGUUUAUAAUUGUUCCAUCAUCCACCUUCUAUAUUCAGGUUUGCAUGAUUUGAAUUGGGGCACAAGUCUCUGAGCCUUUAUGCUUCCAAGUGUUUGUAGUAAUUACAAAUUUUUAUUUUGUACUAUAAAGAAAGAUAAUUCAUAUUGAUAACAUUCAAUCAUCAUUAAUGAUAUUGUUUGCUACAACUAAGUACCAAAAUGUUUGGAACCUA